GUCUGUAUGUUCUUUGGACUGCUUCCUUGCGUCGUACUGUCUCUAAUAUUCAUAUGUCCAUCCUAUGCAGCCGACCCUUUGACCACCUGUUACAACGAUUGGAGUCGCUGUACCCCACAAACAAGCUUUUUCACUGGUAUACUUUGGAAAUCCUGUCAUGAUUAUUGCCGCAAAUGUAAGGGACGGGAAUGGGGAGAAUGUGUCCAGGUGUACAAUAAAUUUUGCAGUGGAGGAUACCAGUGCCACUGCAAAGGUGGAAAUAUUGAGAAAUCAACCCAUCCUCUUGACCUAAUUUCCUGCGCACUUGGACUGUGA